AACAAAAUUUCGGCACAGUCUUCUUGUAUCUUACAUUGUUGUUCACUCUAUUCAUUGCAUUGUCAGUUGAUUAUAUCUCUAUAUAAUUGUCUCAUUUUUUUAACCAAUAGAUGAUGUCGCCAGAUUCUGUUCCAUCGGCAAUGCCUCCAAACAAAGAGUGUGUAGAAGAAGAAGCGGUAUGGAGUGGAUACCAUGAAGACGAACAAGAGGUAUGGAGUAGUCCUUCAAACAAAAAUUGUGGUGAAAUAGAUACUAGCGGAGUUGGGAAGGAGGCAACAGAAAAUUGUGAGGAUAAAGUUGAAGAAUCGAAAGAGGGAAUGACCUUUGACACAUCGGAGGAAGCUUAUUCAUAUUACUCAAGAUAUGCUGAAGGAAAAGGAUUUGCUGUGGCAAAAAGAACAUCAAGAAAGGGAAAAGAUGGAAAGUUGAAGGAUUUAACUAUAGCAUGCAGUCGUGCUGGAAAGACAAGGGUGACAACAAGCAACCCGGCCAAACCACGGCCACAAUCAAAAAUUAAUUGUCAAGCUCAUGUUACCGUUGUGUUGCACCCGAAUGGAAAGUGGAGGUUAAACCGGAUUGCUUUAGUUCACAAUCAUGACCAGAGCUUGGGAAAGGCAAGGUAUUUGAGGAGCAAUAGGGUACUCGAUGAACACGUGAAAAGAAGACUUGAAUUGAAUGAUAAAGCUGGGAUCAAUCUGAACUAGACUUAUACCUCACUUCAGAUUGAGGCUGGGGGACCUGGUAAGCUUCCAUAUAUCCAGAAAGAUUGCCGAAAUCAUGUGGAUAAAGUGCGCCGUUCAUUACUUGUGGAAGGAGAUGCUCAGGUGAUGCACAAUUAUUUCAUGAAGAUGAAAGCCGACAAUUCUGACUUCUUUUUUGUAAUGGAUUUGGAUGAUGAGGGUUAACUAAGGAAUGUAUUUUGGGCGGAUGCAAGGAGUAGGGCAACUUGUAAGAAGUUCGGUGAUGUUGUGACCUUUGACACAACUUACUUGGUAAACAGGCAUGACAUGCCUUUUGCUCCGUUUGUAGGUGUGAAUCAUCAUGGCCAGUCUGUUUUAUUGGGAUGCGGGCUCAUCUCUCAUGAAGACACGGAGUCAUUUUCGUGGUUAUUUCAGACUUGGAAGACAUGCAUGUGGGGUUGUGCUCCGAAAGCAAUUAUUACCGACCAAUGUAUGGCAAUGAAGAAUGCUAUAGAAGAUAUAUUUCCUAACACUCGAUAUCGGUGGUGCAUAUGGCAUAUUAUGAAAAAGAUCCCGGAAAAGUUGAAUGGGUGCAACGCAUAUGAGAGUAUUAGUUGGUGUAUGCGUAGGGCAGUUUAUGCUUCACUUACCAUAAAACAAUUUGAGGAUGCUUGGGAUGUGUUCAUCAAGAAAUAUGAGCUUCAAAGUAACACAUGGUUAGAGGAGUUGUAUUUGGAGAGGAAACGGUGGGUGCCUGCUUAUUUGAACGAUGUGUUUUGAGCGGGAAUGUCAUCCACACAAAGAAACGAGAAUAUAAAUGCGUAUUUUGAUGGUUACGUUCAUUCAAAAACGACCCUGAAACAAUUUGUAGGACAAUAUGAAAAUGCGUUGGGGAAUAAGGUGGAAAGUGAAAAUCAAGCAGAUGUGAAAAGUUGGAACACUUUCAUCCCGUUAAUGAUUGAAGAUGAGUUGGAGAAGCAAUUUCAAAGUGUUUAUACGCAUGCAAAGGUUAAGGAGUUUCAGAAACAAUUUUUCGAUAAAAUUCACUGUUUCUGUGAUAAGCGGGCAAAAGUUGAUGGUAUCGUGUCCGAACAUGAGAUAAAUGAAUGGGUUACAUAUGGCGAAGGAGAAGAGAAAAAGAGGAUUCAAGUGGCAUUUACUGUUGAUUUCAGUGUUGAAACCAAUGAAACACAUUGUAAUUGUCGAUUGUUCGAGUCUAGAGGAAUGAUGUGUAAACAUCAACUAUUUGUGUGGCAUCAAAACGGAAUUGAAAGAGUGCCUGACAAGUAUGUGUUGAGAAGACAAUGUAAAAAUGUGAAAAGGGUCCACACAAAAGUUCGAAUCUGUUACGAUAAGUCAUCAACGUCAAUUGAAGCAUGUCGUCAUGACAACAUGUGCAAUAUCUUUAAUGAAGUUGCUGAUUUAGCGGAAGAAUCCCAAGAGAAGUAUGAUAUGGUGAUGAAACGGGUACACGAACUAAAACGAGAGUUGAUGGAAGCUUCGUUUGUUUGUGAAAGUAAUGUGGUUUCAGUUGGUGAUGACACGGGUACUCGCAAAAGUUCUUUUUCACUUGGAGAUGGAGUUAUAUCUCCUAAACAAAGCACGAACUUACUUGACCCGGAAGGUCUUCGACGAAAAGAGAGACCGCCGUGCAAAAGAAAGAUCGGUGUUGUGGAAAAAGUUGUUAAAAAGAAAAGACAAACAUCUAAGAAGCCAUUGUCCAACGAAAAAUCCAAUGAGGUUGAGGAGAUUGCAGUUAGCCACCAUAUCGGGACAUAAGAGAAUAUUGUAAAUGUAAAUGGCCACCCAAGCUACAUGGGACACUCAAUGUGGCCAAACAUUAUGCCACAUCCUAUGCGACCAAAUAUGGCACAAGGCGGAAGCAUCUUCCCAUUUUUUCCAACUUUAUGCCCCACCAGAACAAGCUUGAACCAAUUUAUGCCUUCUUUUCCAAGUUCACAAAGCUUAUUAAAUGGUCAAGUUUGGAUGGGUCAAUCAACUAUUGCGGAUAGUCAAGGUUGGGGAAGAGGACAAUCAGGUAUUUUGGAAGCUCAAGGUCAAUAUUGGGGAGGACCACAACCAAGUAUGCUGGAAAGUCAAUGGCAAGGAUGUGGAGGACAACAGAGCUAUACGCAAAUGAUGAAUGCACCGGAUAAUGUUGAAGAGUAGUUCACUUUGCUUGUAUUGUUUUAUAUCGUGUCUUGUGUCCUAUGUUCCCUUUUGUGUCCUUGAAAGCUGUCCAUAUCGUGUCCUGUGUCCUAUGUUUCCUUUUGUGUCCUUGAAAGCUGUCCAUAUCGUGUCAUGUGUCCCCUUUUGUG